AUUGAGCGCCAGUCGCGCCGACGACGCCGGCCCCGUCCUCCGCCGCAACCGUCGCCGCACUGUGCCGCUGUUUGGAUUUGCGCGCGCCGCCCGUCGGAGUGUUGUUGGUGCUGUGCCCUCGGUGGUGCUGCCGUCCUUCGAGUGUGGUGCUGUUUCGCUCCCGCGCGUCCUGGUGCCGUCUGUUCCUUCGUCCCUUCCUCCGUGCGUGCCGUGAUGAGCGCGUCGACUUCGUCGUUGGCGGCGACUUCGGCGGCGGACUGCGACUGCGCGAGGAAGCGGACCAGGCGACGGGGGCCUCAGGUGCGGUCCGCUUGAGCACGUGGUGGCGGUUCACGUGGCUGCCUUGCUUCCCCGGGGUGCCCACGUGCACUGUAGGGAGAAAGAGCUCGCAGUUUUCGCCGGUGCGCACAAUCGUUGCGGGCUGUUGAUCGGUGUCAGCGGGCACGUGGUUUCGUAUCGAGGGUGAAACCCGGACCGAGGAUUGGUCCGAGGCCCGGCGGCUUCGACCACGUGGGCGAUGCAGCACCCUCACCCGGGGGCCCACGGAGCAGGCCUGGUGGACGGAUACGCCGGCGCCUUGCCCAUGGACCUCCACGUGCCGCCGCAGGGAUACCACCCCUACUUCCGGUACCUGGACUCCUCGAUGGUCAUGAAGGCAGGUGGCGACGACGGAACCGGAGCAGCGGUCGUCCAAUCACGUAUCCUUGAGAUGCGCAAGGAAAAGAGCCGGGACGCAGCCAGGUCACGGCGGGGCAAGGAGAACUACGAGUUUUACGAGCUGGCCAAGAUGCUGCCUCUCCCCGCAGCCAUCACCAGCCAGCUCGACAAGGCCUCCAUCAUCCGCCUCACCAUUUCCUACCUGAAGCUCAGAGACUUUUCCCAGCACGGAUACCGGCCCUGGCUCAGGGACCAGGGCGCGUCCGCCGCCGCCACCUCGCCCUCAAAGACCCAGCUCAAGGGGGCCUCGCUGCGAGGACGGUCCAUGUCCAACUUCGCCGUGGACAUCUUCGAACAGCACCAAGGCACGCACAUCUUACAGUCUUUAGAUGGUUUCACCUUCGCGCUGGGAGCAGACGGAAGGUUCUUGUACAUUUCCGAAACAGUAUCGAUAUACCUUGGACUGUCUCAGGUGGAGAUGACGGGCAGCAGCGUCUUCGACUACAUCCACCAGCAGGACCACGCAGAACUGGCGGAGCAGCUCGGCAUCAACCUGUCCCAGUCGUUGUCGUCCCCCUCCGGCGGGUCGGGAGGCUCUGACGACGGAUCCUCCACUCCGAACUCUUUGGACAGGCCAGCCCCGGUGAUGACUCUCAGUGGCAGCACAGCCUACAAGGGUCUGGAAAGGUCCUUCUGCGUACGCAUGAAGUCAACUCUUACGAAGCGAGGCUGCCACUUCAAGUCGUCGGGAUACCGGGUGGUGCUGGUGCUGUGCCACCUCCGGCCCCAGUACUCGUUCUCCCCCGGCCGCUCCAAGCAACCGCCCCAGAUCCUGGGCAUGGUGGCCAUGGCCAUCGCCCUGCCGCCGCCGUCGGUCAACGAGGUGCGCCUAGAGUGCGACAUGUUCGUCAUGAGGCUCACCUUCGACUUCCGCAUCGCACACUGCGAACCCAGGAUCUCGGAGCUUUUGGACUACACACCAGAAGAUCUCACGGGGAGGAACAUGUACACUCUCUGCCAUGGCCAGGACAUCCAAAAGCUCAGAAAAUGCCACGUCGACUUGAUGAACAAGGGUCAGGUGAUGAGCGGCUACUAUCGUCUAAUCAACAAAAAUGGAGGCUUCACGUGGAUGCAGACGUGUGCCACAGUCAUCUGCAACAACAAGAACUCGGAGGAGCAGAGCAUCAUCUGCGUCAACUAUGUCCUCAGUGGCAUUGAAUACGAGAACUGUGUGAUGGACUGCAGUCAGCUCAGGGGCGUGGGGGAUAUCAAGCCCGACGACCCCAGCAACUCCGAACGGGGCUCCACGCCCGACACCGAAAGCAGAGCGGAAGAUCCUGCUCCCCGCGACGCCGCGGAACCCAGGCCGUCACCCAAGUCGCACGACGGUCACGUGCUCGGCAGUCAGGACGCUCCGGCAGCAGAGCACCUCACUCAGCUCGGCUCUGUGGGCAAGCUUGACUCGCUCAGAAACUCUAAGGAAGGCUCCUCCCCGAGCCCGGCCCGAUACGAGGCGCCCAGCAAGAACCAGCGCAAGCGCGGCUCGGAUGAGGUGUCGGGCAGCCGCGGCAGCCCUAAGUCGUCGCGGCCGGGCAGCCGAUCUAGUCUUCAGCCGCCAAGCCCGGCCCGCAGCCUCCCCGCGCCCGAGGGCUUCCUGGCCCGCGACGGCGACGCCGACGCCGCGGGCGGGCGGCCGUCUUCGGAAGGUCCCGGGGGCGAGGACUCGUGCGACGGUCCGGACGGCCUGUCGCGGCCCUGGAAAGGCGGGGGCCAGGCUUCCUCGGGCGAAGGCUUGACGGUGCGCGAGCUCGAGGACGCCAUGAAGAAGCAUCUGCCCGAGGUGCGGUCGGCGGCUCGCUCAGCGGCCAUCCAGUGGAUCGGCGGCCCGCAGAGCGGCGCCGCCGGCGGCCCGCUGCCCGCGUCCACGCUGCUGCGGCAGCUGUACGUCAACCGCGAGUCGGUGAUCCGGUCCGGGUCGCACGUGAGUGCCGCCUCGCGGCCGACGUACUACGGAGACGUGCCGACGCCGCCCGACGGUCCCUGGACCAGCCCGGAGGCGUUCGUGCUCCCGUACGCGGGCUACGUGGAGCCGCCGCCGCCCUUCUCGGCCGUCACGCCGCCGUCGUCGGUGUCGCCCCGUGACAAGCAGCUGGGCCUCGCCGAGAGCCCUGCCUUCUCGGAAGCGGCCGCCGUGGCCGCCGCUGCCGCCAUGCCGCACAUGCGCCACUACGUGUCGGACCUGCCGCUCAAGCCGCAAGUGCUCGUGCACCCGGGAAGCCUGGAGUACGCGUCGCCCCAAGAACAGCCGCUCUACGCCGGCGGCUUCCACCUGUACGGCAAGCCCAACGGGGCCUGGUACUCGCAGCAGCCCAACUCGUAGCCGAGGGCGCCUCGACACCCCUCGAGCCCAGGGCGUACGCUGACGCGGCCGAGGGGAGUGCGCGAAGUACGCCCACCGCGAGCGCGAUACCGCGUUCGUGACCACUCACGACCCCGUGAUUCUCCCGGACAUUCCUCCAUCCUGUACAUAGCGAUUCACGCGUUCCAAGCGGUUCCCUUCCCUCUCGUGCGUGCGUGUGUGCUUACCGGUGCGACUCGGCCUUUUCCGUUGGUUUCCCCCGCGUUAUUGUGCUUAGGCGACCACGUCUCCCGUGCGUCGAGCGUAGCUGCGCUUGCACGGUCGGAUGCUGGCAAUUGUGAUACGAAAUUUAUAUAUAGAUAUAAGAUAUCUAUAUUAUAUAUACACAAAUAUAAAUAGACGCUAUAGAAGAUGUGCAAAGCGAGUCAUCAGCACAAGUCAAGGGCAGUCAGAUCGGAGAUUUUCCCCCAGGGUGCACCCAGCUCCAAAGUUCCCACAUCAGGCGGUCGCUGCUGGCCGGCCCUCGGUUGUCUGACGAAAAUUUCCCUUCGCUUCUCCGUGUGCACCGCCGAGUCGGAUUAGCAGUGUGUGUCCAUCUCCAGAGACCCGUGGAAAACAAAGCGCCAACUGGCUUCUCGUCAAAACGUAUUUGUGAGAAGAAAAAAAAAACGAUGCAACAAGAAAUAAAAGACAUGACUUCA